AUGACCAAAGAAUUAAUAAAGACAGAAGCUUCUGAUCAUGUCAUACAACCAAAUAAUGAACAAUUCUCAAUACUAGAACAAUUGAAAAAACAACAAGAAGAGCUUUUACAAAAACAACGUGAAUUAUUUCUUCAGGACCAAUUGGCACAUCAUCAACAGCAACAACAGCAACAACAGCAACAACUACAAUUUCAACAACAAAAUCAGUUACAACCUGCAAAUAAUUGGACAUUUACUCAAGGUUUAGUACUUGGACAAAUUAGUGUUAUUUUUAUCAUUAUUGUGUUUGUUAAAUUUUUUGUAUUUGCUGAUUCUUCAACUAUACCAACAAAAAAAUCUAGUAUUGAUGCAAGUGGAAUAAUUGUCAAGAGGAAUAAAUUGACCAAGAAAGAUGGUACUUCUGAUGAUAUAAUUGAAGAUGAAAAAUUAUUGGACACAAGACAUAAAAUAUCAACUAUUUUGGAGAAAACUUACUAUGAUGUCAAUAACCACUCUCCAGAAUCUUUGGAUUGGUUUAAUGUGUUGGUUGCACAAACUAUUUCACAAUUAAGAUCGGAAGCCUUGUUGGGAGAUAAUAUUUAUCAUUCAUUAAAUGAUUUUUUGGAGAAUACCAAUAUUCCUGAGUUUAUUGAUAAGAUUAAUCUUACAGAGAUUGAUAUUGGUGAUGAUUUUCCAAUUUUUUCAAAUUGUAGAAUAAAAUAUGGGGAAGAUUUAGGAAGAUUAGAAGCAAAAAUUGACGUUGAUUUAUCCGAUACUUUAACAUUAGGUAUAUCCACAAAAUUAUUAUUAAACCAACCACGUCCAUUAACUGCUAUUUUACCUGUGAGUUUAGCCGUGUCUAUUGUAAGAUUUUCUGGGUGUUUGACAGUCUCAUUGAUCAAUACAAAAGAUAUAGAUUUGAAGAAUAUUGAAAAAGAUGGUCAAGAAAAUGACGGUUCAAAUAACGAGAAUGAAGAUGGUGGUGGAACAGCCUUAAUGUUUUCAUUUUCUCCUGAUUAUAGAUUGGAAUUUGUUGUUAAAUCAUUAAUUGGAUCACGUGCAAAAUUACAAGAUGUUCCAAAGAUUUCGUCAUUGAUUGAGAGUAAAUUAAGAACAUGGUUUAUUGAAAGGUGCGUUGAACCAAGGUUUCAAGUGGUAAGAUUACCUUCAUUAUGGCCAAGAACAAAAAAUACUAGAGAACCAAUAAAUAAGAAAACUUCAGUAAGUAGGUCAGAUUCAGGGACUCUGGAAAACUUGUAA